AUGUCCGAGAAUAUGGACCAUGGGGAGUACGAUGCCUACAUCGAGAACAUGCGGAAGACCGAAUAUCCCAUGCUGAAGGAUCAGUUGUAUCUGGACCAUGCCGGAACCACGCUAUACAGUAAAUCCCUUAUGGAUCGCUUCCACGCCGAUAUGCUGUCGAGCCUCUACGGAAAUCCACACUCCGCCUCCUCCCCGAGCCAAAAAUCAUCUCAGGAGAUCGAAGCGGUCCGCAUGAAGGCCUUGAGAUACUUCAACGCGGAUCCGGAUCAUUUCGAUCUUGUCUUCACUUGCAACACCACGUCCGCUAUCAAGCUGGUCAUGGAAGCUUUCCGCGAUCAAGAGCACGCGUUCUUGUAUGGCUAUCAUCGGGACUCGCAUACUAGUCUCGUUGGAGUCAGAGAGGCUGCGAAGGAACAUGCUUGUCUGACGACCGAGGAUGAUAUUCGUCAAUGGCUGCAUUCAGAAUCUAAAUAUUUUGGCGGCCAUCGCCUCUUUGCAUAUCCCGCGCAAUCAAAUAUGAAUGGACAUCGAUUGCCACUGGAUUGGCCACCGAAACUCAGAGAAUUGGGGAUAUAUUGUCUAAUGGAUGCUGCCGCACUAGCAGCAACCUCGCGCUUGAACCUUGCAGACACUGAAGCCGCACCAGAUUUCACGGUAUUGAGUUUCUCAAAGAUCUUCGGCUUCCCAGAUCUUGGGGCUCUGAUUGUGAAGAAGGAAUGCGCACAUUUGUUCCAACGUCGGACCUACUUUGGUGGAGGCACUGUCGAUAUGGUCGUGUGUCUGAAGGAACAAUGGCAUAUCAAGAAGACCGCGUCUCUCCACGAGCAGCUCGAGGAAGGAACAUUGCCAAUACACAGUAUUCUAGCAUUGAAGUCGGCGAUGAAAACGCAUCAAGAGCUGUUCCGUUCUCUGGAGCACGUUGCAGCACAUACUACGUAUCUGGCCAAGCAGCUUUACGACGGCUUAAGUUCUCUGCGACAUCAUAACGGGCAUGCAGCAUGCACAAUCUACCUUGAUGAACACGCAGACUAUGAGCGACCGUCCACUCAAGGGCCUACAGUGGCUUUCAAUCUACGCGAUAGCAAGAAACGCUGGAUCAGUAACACUGAAAUUGAGAAGCUAGCAUCGGUCAGGAAUAUUCAUCUGCGCACAGGUGGCCUUUGCAAUCCCGGGGGAAACGCAUUUCACCUUGAUCUGUCCCCUUGGGAGAUGCGUGAGAACUUCUCGGCGGGCCUCCGCUGUGGGUCAGAGAACGACAUCAUGAACGGCAAGCCAACUGGCGUCGUGCGUGUAAGCUUGGGAGCCAUGAGCACCAGAAGUGAUGUCGAGAAAUUUGUUGAUUUCGUUGAUGAGUUCAUGGUGGACAAAACGCCUCCACAGACAACUGCUCCCUGCUCAUUGGCACUGGACGACCCAACAGCAUCCCGCCUAUACGUGGAAAGCUUGUCCGUUUAUCCGAUCAAAAGUUGCGGAGGAUUCAGUGUUCCAUACGACACGCCUUGGGACGUUCAUCGCGAAGGUCUUGCUUGGGAUCGGGAAUGGUGUGUAGUCAGUCAAGCAACCGGCAAAGCCCUCAGUCAGAAGUCGCAUCCUCGGAUGGCAUUGGUACGACCCCAACUGGAGUUCACAGAAGGGCUCCUUCGCAUCAAGCUUGCUGGUAGUACAGCCCAGAUCAGUGUCCCUCUGUCGAGAGACCCAAGCUACUUUGCUGCGCCGGACUUCAAGGAUUUAGAUGCCAGCGUCUGCGGCGACACCAUCAAAGCUCGCGUCUACACCUCGAAAACGAUCGCGGAUUUCUUCACGAGAGCCCUCGGAGUUCCCUGUACGCUUGCUCGCUUCCCAGCUGCGACCCAAGCGUCUCCUUCCGUUCGGCACAGCAAGACUCACCUACACCAGAAGACCGCAGAGCAGAACGUACCCCGUCCAAUUCUCCUAAGCAACGAAUCGCCCAUCCUCACCAUCUCCCGCUCCUCACUGAAUCGAUUGAACGAAUCUAUCAAAGCCAAAGGCGGCAAAGCAGCCUAUCCUGCCGUCUUCCGAGCCAACAUCGUUCUGGCAGAAGACCCCUUACAACCUCCUGGACACGAGCAACCUUGGGCGGAAGACUACUGGCAAGGUAUGCGCAUCGGCGGCGAGAAUGGGCCCUCAUUUGAGUUCUUGGGAGGCUGUAGGAGAUGUCAAAUGGUCUGCGUAGACCAGGAAAGCGCAGAGAAGAACCAGGAACCCUUCAGUACGCUGGCGAAGACGAGAAGGGUUAAUGGGAGGGUGUUGUUCGGUGUGCAUACCUGUCUUGCUGGACAUGAAGGCGGGAGCGUAAGGAUCAGUGCCGGUGAUAAGGUUGGGACUUGGAAUUGA